AUGUCUCAUCACUUUGUUGAUGAGAAAUCUGAACAAAGGUUCAAUGACAUGAAGAAUUUCAACACAAUUGUGGAGAGAAACGUGAAUGUCAGCAAUCUCAAGGAGCAAGGGAUAUGGGACAUCCUAGAACGUCUGAAUCUAGAAGAGACAGUUACCUAUGCAUGCCCUCACAGCAAAAUUCUGAUCAAAGAAUUUUAUGCAAACAUUACGAAGAAGAUAGUGAAGGGUGGAGAUCCAAUGUACCAUCGGGUGUACAUAAGAGGGAAGAUACUGCACUUUUCUCCAGCUGUAAUCAACAAGUUUUUGGGCUUGAAGAACUCAGUUGUGCCUAUCAUGGAUGAGCUGGACAGGGAGAUUGACCAGAAAGAGCUGGAAAUAGCUCUCACUGACACCUUUGAUGAAAAGAGGAAAGGAGAAAUAGCCCCAGUGGAGCUAAACUUUGAGGCUUCAGUACUGUUCAAAAUAGCCAGAGCUAACUGGUUACCAACCCAGCGAUCAAGUCUGAUCCACAAGAGGCUAGCAGUACUCAUCUUCUGUGUGAAGAAAGGGAUAAAAAUCAACUAUGGAAACAUGAUCUUCGAUCAUAUUCUGGAAAGAGCACUGAACUUCAGAGCAAGGUUCAGAUUACCUUAUCCCUGCCUAAUUCAGAGCAUCCUCACCAAGCAGUGCCCGGAACUCAUUGACCCAAAGGAAAACACUGAGGUAAUUCAGAAACCCUUGGUGGUUGAGACAAAAAUUAAAAGGAAAAAGGGGAAAGGAAAGAAUGACUGCAAGAAGAUGCUAGAGACCCUCAAAGAUGCAUAA